UGGAAUCUCUCUCCUAUUCAGUGAGACAGUGAUUGGGGAUGAAAAAACUGACUCUCUUUUCAGUCUUAUUACAUUGUAGAUCCUUGAAGUUUUUAUCGUUUUUCCCGUUUCUUCUGGGCUCAAAAGAAAGAAGCAAAAGAGAACAGAAAUGAGACCCAACUGGGAGCUAAAGAAGUGCUGCAACCAUGAACAAGUCGCCUUCCUCAUCACAGUCUCUGUCUGCACUGUCGUUAUACUCGCGCUGUGGCGGACAAUACUCCUGAGGCCAUUCAAACUCGUCACAGUUUUUCUUCAUGAAGCAAGCCAUGCUAUUGCUUGUAAACUGACAUGUGGUAAAGUCGAAGGAAUUCAGGUUCAUGCAGAUGAAGGUGGGACAACGCAAACACGCGGUGGCGUAUACUGGUUGAUUUUGCCAGCUGGAUAUCUUGGUUCAUCUUUCUGGGGCAUGCUUUUGAUACUUGCAUCCACAAAUCUCCUUACUGCAAGAAUUGCUGCUGGAUGUUUUCUUGCUGCUCUAGUUAUUGUACUUUUUGUAGCUAAGAAUUGGACGCUUCGAGGACUUUGUAUAGGAUUUAUUUUUUUUCUCGGUGCGGUUUGGAUUCUGCAAGAAACAACAAAAGUUCGUAUACUUCGGUACAUCAUUCUAUUCAUUGGUGUAAUGAACAGCUUGUUUUCAGUUUAUGAUAUCUACGACGACCUUAUCUCCCGUAGAGUUCACUCGAGUGACGCUGAAAAAUUUGCUGAAGUUUGUCCUUGCCCUUGUAAUGGUGUGGGAUGGGGAGUCAUUUGGGGGUUGAUAUCUUUCUUAUUUCUUUGUGGGGCGAUGUAUCUUGGUCUUGUGAUAUUGUCUUGAGGUUUUUGAUUUAUAGUUUGAAGAGUUGCUGAGAAGCCGAGUCGAACUUGUCUCGCUUUUAUGCAGGGUGUAGGGUGCUGCCAUGUUGAUUCUUUUCCGUGGAUUUCUGAUCAAGUUAACUCCAAUACUUCUUCUUCUUCUUUUUUUU